UUCUUUUUUUUUUCAUAAUCAAAUGUAUUUCCGUGCUCGUCAGAUAUGGUUCGCCUCGAGAUAGAACGCUUUCGGUUCAAUCGAUUACUUUUGCUCGCAAUUGGUUUAUGGCCUUUUCAGAAAUCGAAGUUUGCGCAAGUUCAAUUUCCAGUAUUUCUUAUCAUUCUAAUAACUUUUAUAGUAUUUCAGUUUACAACAUUUGUGACCUCAGAUUGCACAACUGAUUUCAUCAUCAAGAUUUUAUCUGUUGCAUUUUUCUUCAUUUUUUUGACAACUAAAUAUAAUUCGUUCUGGAUUAAUGCCGAUACGGUGAAGUUAUCACUGGAACAAAUUCUAUAUACUUAUAACGAAUUAAAAAACAAAAAUGAAAUUGAUAUCUUAGAAAACUACGGCAAAGUAGCACAAAUAUAUACGGCUGUACUUACAAUAAGUGUUGUGUGCUUUAUGUCUAUUUGGUUCAUAAUGCAAAUGUGGCCUCUUAUUAUCGGGGUAAUGCUAUCUAUGAACGAUUCCCGACUACAUCCAGGGAUUUAUAUCGCAACAGAAUAUUUUGUUAAUCAAGAAGACUAUAACUUUUUAAUUUUUUUACACUUAAACGCAGCCAUGUGGAUAGGAGUAACUGCAAUACUAGCAGUAGGAACGAUGUUCUUAACAUAUUUUUGGUAUAUUUGCGGAAUGUUUAAUAUUGCCAGCUUUCGUUUUGAAAAAGCAAUGAUGACAAGUAUACUUCAAAAUAUUACUCAAGAAAACGAAAUUUUAAUUUACAAAGGAGUAAUCUACGCAAUAGAUAUUCAUCUCAAAGCUACACAGUUUUCUCAAUAUUUUAUAAAGAGCUUUGAAGGAUCGUUCUUCUUUAUAAUAUUGUCUGGCAUAGUUUCCGCAUCUUGCUCUCUUGUUGAAAUUGCGUCAAUUAAGAACAUUGAGGAAUUUGUGCUAUUUAGUGCAAUAAUAUUUAUUUUGUACCUCUACACGGCUAUGGCUAACUACACUGCUCAAGAAGUUAUGGAUCACAAUAACCGUGUAUUUGCUACCGCAUAUAACGUUAAAUGGUACAUAGCACCAUUACGUAUACAGAAAAUGCUAAUAUUUCUGUUGCUAAGAGGUAAUAAAGCUUUUAAUCUGAAUCUUGGUGGAUUGUUUGUGGGAUCCUUAGAAAGUGCUGCUAUGCUAACAAGUGCUUCGAUAACUUACUUUACGGUACUAUAUUCAUUACGGUAAAAUUAACAUAAUGUUGGUGUAAUAAAGCUAUAUUUAAAUCGUUUAAUUGGAAUUAUUUAAAGUCUAUGCUUUAAAUAUACUUACAGAUUAUAACUAUUGUAAAUAAAGAAAAUUUUGACCAAUUGACAAAAUGUUAUACUUUAAUAAAGUAAUGUGAUAAUUAAAAA